AUGGCGGCUCCGGGCCACCCUCCCACCCGCUUCCACCGCGUGCACGGCGCCAAUGUGCGCCUGGACGCCUCGCGCACACGGGCCACGCGGGUCGAGAGCUUCGCCAACGCGCUGUGCUUCAGCCACGAGCCGCUGGCACCCGGGCAGAUCUUCCUGGUGGAGAUCGAGGAGAAGGAGCUGGGUUGGUGCGGGCACCUGCGCGUGGGGCUGACGGCGCACGACCCGCAGAGCCUGGGCACCGUGCCCGAGUAUUCGCUGCCUGACCUGGUCGGCCUGGGAGACACCUGGGUGUUCGCCAUCACCCGCAGUCACAACCGCGUGUCGGCCGACGGGCAGGAGGAGCCGGCCCCGGCCCCGGCCCCGCUCUGGGAGCCCGAGCUGCGCAUCGAGGGCGUGAGGAUCCCCCGCGACAAACUGGUGGGGCGCAGCCGCCCCGGGCGCUACAGCCAUCUCCUGGAUGAGCUGUACCGCACCAACGUGCUGCCUCCCACCGCCCUGCGCAGCCGCAUCGGCGUGCUGUACGCCCCGCGGCCCGACGGCACCGCCGACAUGCACAUCGUCAUCAACGGGGAGGACAUGGGGCCGAGCGCCCGGAGCCUGCCCACCGCGCGGCCGCUCUACGCUGUGGUUGACGUCUUCGCCUCUACCAAAAGCGUCCGUGUGAUCCAGGUGGAAUACGGCUUCCCUUCCCUGCAGACGCUCUGCCGGCUGGUCAUCCAGAAGCACAUUGUGCACCGCCUGGCCAUCGACGGCUUGGAUCUGCCCCCCAUGCUGAAGCACUUCUGCCAACACGAGUGAGGAACUGAGGUGCUGCAUGGCCUGACAGCCUCCAGAGCAUGCCAGAGACUUUGUGUGAACGGGUACGGUUGGAGCUCUGAGCACCCAAUGUAGCUUUAGGUGCCCCUGUUGUUUGCACAGCCUCGAUGGCCUUCAAGGGUCCUUUCAACUCAAAUUGCUGUACGGUUGGGCUCGUGCCCACUCACAGAAGAGAGUGAGUAAUAAAGCACUUCAAGGCACA